AUGCAUAUCUUCUUAACAGGAGGGAACGGCUUCAUCGGGAAAGCCGUCAUUGCAGAGCUUCUCUCCUUCGGCCACACAGUCACCGGCCUCGCUCGCUCCGACGAGUCCGCACAGAUCCUGAUAUCACUUGGUACCUCUGUCCACAAAGGUUCGCUUUCGGACCUGCAUGCUCUCAAGGAGGGUGCCGCGGCCGCAGACGCCGUCAUACACCUCGCAUUUAUCCACGACUUCUCCAAUUUCGCCGCGAGCGUGGAGAUCGAUAAAGCUGCCAUAGAAGCCAUGGCCGAGGGGAUGAAAGGGACGGGGAAGCCGCUGAUCGUGACAAGCGGGACGCUCUUGAUGCGUCACGGACACGUAGGCACCGAGGACGAUGCAUACGACACGUCCGCAGCGCCAUUCGACGUACGAGGUCAAAGCGAGGAACUCACAAAAAAGUUGGCGAAGGAUAAAGGUAUUGCUGCAGUCGUUGUGCGUCUCGCGCCUGUCGUCCACGGCGACACCGACAAGCAGUUUGUGCCUAUUGUAAUCGCCGCGGCGCGCAAGAAUGGAGUCUCCGCAUACAUCGGUGACGGUUUGAAUCGUUGGCCUGCAACACAUGUCCUCGAUGCUGCGGCUGCGUUCCGGCUGGCGGUGGAAAGGAAAGUGCCGCCUGGGUCGACUCUACACUUUGUUGCAGAGGAAGGUGUCCAGACGAAGGACGUUGCUAUCGCAAUCGGCAAAAAGCUAGGCCUCCCUAUGGUGUCGAAGAAAAAGGAUGAGGCUGCGGAGCAUUUUGGGUGGUUUGCAAGCGUGGCGGGUAUCGAUAAUCCGGUAUCGAGUGCGAAGACGAAGGAAAUGCUGGGCUGGACACCGAAGCAGCCGAGCCUCCUUGAUGACAUAAGGAACGGGACCUAUUUCACUUAA